AGAAUAAUUUAAUGAUGAUUUAUGCAAAAAUCUUUAAAAGUGCUGCCAAUCCAGCACUCCCUCGACGUUUAAACAAAAUUGGCUCAGUUCAUCCUCUUUAUUUUCCAAUCAACAAUGUUGUUACCUCAAAAAUGAAUAACAGUACAACUACUCAAUCUGCCGCAAUGGGACCUCAUGCUCUUCAAUUUAAAGUUGAACGUUAUCUUGCUGCAGGAAUGUUUCCAUUACUUCCCACGGCAUAUUUCAUUCAUGGGACUACAAUGGAUUUGGUACUUUCGGCUGCUAUUGUUAUGCAUUCUCAUUGGGGACUUAUGGCUGUUGUGCAGGAUUAUGCACGUCCAAUAGUCGUUGGUGAACGUUUGGCAAAAAUUUCUCCUGCACUUGUUUAUAUAACUUCGACAAUUUUACUUGUUGGACUGCUUCAUUAUAAUUUGUUUGAUAUUGGCUUAACCAAGUCGUUUGAAAGAGUUUUUAGUUUGUGA